GUUGCUUCAGUACACUUCUCCUUUUUUCUGUUUCAAACAGCAGCCAUUGCAUUGUCUCGCCUUUAUUAUUUUUUUCUCUCCUCGGCUCCAGUUUUUUUUUUGCCACUGUGAGAAAAGAGGUGUGAGGCAGACCGGUGGUCCACACCUUCAGACAGCUUUGUCCACCUCUAUAAUAUGCACCUUGGAUUAUUCCCCCUGUUCUGCCUUUUGUUGUCUAUUUUUGUCUUCAUUUUCAUUGGUUACUGAAAUCUACACUUGUUCAGUCGCCUGCUAUCAUGGAGCUUGUCACCCGAAUCCUUCGUCUUUGAGGUGUGGAUGCUCCAGGCGCAGCGGGACCCAGCCUCCUUGUCUGAGAGGGACGAGGCUGCUUCCACCUGGGCCACAGCGAUCCUCGUGUUGUCUCUCUCAGCGCUAGCCGCCCGCGUAGAGAACGGGAGGACGACAGGACGACAGGGAAGCCAUUUUGCAAGGAGAAACCGAGCUACAGCCUCUGUCGGUGGCUCUAACUGUGAGGAGAAGGAGCCAGAGUCGUCGCUGGGAUAUUUUAGGCUGCUCCCUGCCCUCUGAACUCCGCUGCCAUGACGACUGCAGUGCAGCCUAGUGAACUGGUGUUUGAAUUUGCCAGCAACGGCAUGGACGAAAUCAACCAGGUGUGCAGUUAUCUCAUCCCCACAGCCGUCUCUGAAUCCUGUGGAGCAGGCUUGAUUCUGGACGACCCGUCAGUAUUCCCAGCGGUGAUUGUUGAGCAGGUGCCCGCAGCCGAUCUGCUGCAGGUCUACUCAGGCCUCGAGUCCGACGAGGUGUCCAACGGCAUCAUGGUGGACACCACCCUCCAUGUGGUGGAGGCACCUUCCAUCUUGGUGGGAGGGGUGGACCUCUCAGAAACAACAGUCUCAGGUGCAGAGGACAGCAUGGAGACGAACGAAGCCGCAGCAGCUCUUCUUAACAUGGAGUCGCCAAACAACAUCUUGGACGAGAAGCGCAUGAUCCACACCUACGGCACUCUGCUGGAGUCAGACUUGACAUACACCCCUCUGAGGCCUGACCAGUUGGACAACAGUGCCCUUGACAUGUCUCUAGAUGAGGACACCUCAUCCAUGGACGAGAUUCCCCAAAAGUGUCAGUUGAAACCUCAGAAAAAAAACAAAGUGCGGAAGCCGCGGGCAGUGCGACCCUGCUCCCCUAUUACCACCCCUUCCCUGCCACUCAGGAAGAAGAGCAAAGAGGGCAAAGGUAACACCAUCUACCUGUGGGAAUUCCUUCUGGCUUUACUGCAGGAUAAAAACACCUGUCCCAAAUACAUCAAGUGGACACAGCGGGAGAAAGGCAUCUUUAAACUGGUGGACUCCAAGGCGGUUUCAAAGCUUUGGGGCAAACACAAGAACAAGCCUGACAUGAACUAUGAGACUAUGGGAAGAGCUCUCAGGUACUACUAUCAGAGGGGCAUCCUGGCUAAAGUAGAGGGGCAGCGACUGGUCUACCAGUUCAAGGAGAUGCCAUCUGAUCUGGUGGUCAUUGAGGAUGAAGACACAGACUCUGGUGGUAAUGCCACAUACGGGAACCAAAGGGCUACCAACGGGCGGUCUAUGGUCCGCGGAGGAACCAGAGGGCACGGGAGGUCUCAUGGUCACCACCAAGUGUCAGUGAAACACAUGAAGAAAGAGCCUAAUGAUGAAUAUCUGUACCAGGAAGCCAAUGGUGGACAGGCCGAGCAUCUUCUUCAGCCUGUCCAUGUGUUGCAGGCCAACCAGGGGUCGGCUCAAGAUAAUGCUAUGAGAACCAUCAGUGCACCCAUGGUCCUGACAUCUUCUGGCUCUCUUCAGUCCAUCAACACUGUUCUGGCCAACGGGGACUCCAGCCACUCCUCCCCUCCUCGGGUGAUACUCCACACCAUGCCCUCCACCACUGCGGGUGGUAAGGAUGUGCUCACCAUCCAGACGGCCUCUCUAGCAGGUGGAGCCAACGGCCUGCAGGACGGCCUUCCCCAGCAGCUCCUGGUCACCAGCCUUGGCUCCUCCGCUGUCUCCUCCUCCACCACUUCCUGCACUUCCCCAGGAGUUACUAAUUCCACUGCAUCCAGCUUCAACGGUCUCCCCCGCCUGGUCACUAUCAACACAUGCGGGCAGACCAUGGUGGCACAGCAGCCCGGCACUGUAAUUGCCACCGUGCUCAAAUCCAGCGACUUCUGUGGGCUGCAGGUCAAAGAGGAAAUGCUGGACCCCAGCUACUUCCAGUCAAUGGUGAACGGUGAUCCAUCACUGGCGGCAAAUACAUUUGAGAGGGAAGAAAUGGAGGAAGAAGAAGCUGAGCUGCAGUAUAGGACUGUGAUCAUUGAUACCAGUCAAAGCCACGACCAGGACGCUGGAAUUGAAACUAUAAUUAAUGGACAUUCGUCUCAGAGCAGCAGCCCCAGUGAGGGUCUGACCCCUGUGGAGGAGCUGGAAGUUCGUGGGGAGAUGUCUCUGCACCAACUGCCUGCAAACUUUAUCCAGAUUAAGACAGAGCCUGCGGAGGCUUAAGGCUGCAGGACUCUUCUUCACAAGCUGAACCAAAAACAACAAUUGAAUCCUUUUUGACCACAGACUUUUUCUUUUCCUACCGCAGUGAUCUGAUCAAAGAUCCAAGUGAAGUAGGGACCUAGCAGUGCAUCUGCUCUUAAAGGUUAGUCAGUUCAGCCUCAGGAUUUAUUGUUUACUCACAUAUUUUGUGACCAUGUGCCUAAUUUUAAAAAAUCAAGGGAUUUUGUUUUAGUUUUUACUAAAAAGUCACUUUUCAGAUUUGGGAUUAUCCUCUGUAGACAUGAACCCCAAAAACACACAGACACACAAACACACACACACAGAGCAAGUACACACAUACAUAGAACAACCCUCCCCUCUAGGAGAACAGCCAUUGCAUAAACCAGGGAUCCCUCUCUACCAAAUGUGCCAGUUAAUGAUUUACUUACAUUACCUUACAUCUCAUUGGACUUGUUUGCUUCGAGAGGCAACAAAGACACAACAAACCAAAACUGGGGACUGAAUGCCAAAUGGUGAAAAAUAAAUCAGAUUACAUGCAGAGAGAGAGAGAGUGUGUGUAUAUGUGUGUGUGUAUUAUUCAAACCACAUACAAGAUCCCGUGAGGACGAGGGAUGGACGUAGUGUCAUCGUGUCCAGCGCGGUGAAAACAAACACACAUCUCAGAGAGUUUUAUUGAAGAGUGCCUUACAGGAAGUUCAAACAGCUCAAGACUCUUUCUUGGAAACGUCUGGAAAAAGAUGAAAAACGGACUAAAUGGCUUUUCAGACUUUCAGACUUUUAAGAACUAUUGCUCAUUUAUUUUCAUAUAAAGAAAAAAAAAGUAUGCAUUCCCUCUCUAUUACUCCUGGCCUUAAAACACUGUGUUACUAUGGAAAUGGGCAUUUUCUGUUCACCAAGGACGGUCCAACAUCAAAACUGUUUGUAGAGCUACAGACUGGAGGCACAGCAAGACAGGGAGGCACAAAUGGAGAGAAUGAAUAUGUAGGAUAAAGUAGAUUUUAUCAGCAUCUGUGUCAGAAGCUUGUAUCUCCAAGGUAUAAAUCCUGUUUAUAUAGAAUGCAAUAUAUGUAUAUGUAUACAUAUAAUAUACAAUUGAUGGUGUUACCUGCAAUUGAGAUUCAAUCUUAAGGCCACAGCGAAUUUAUUUAUUUUGUGAAUUUCUAAAUUCUGUAUAAAAAAGGCACAUUUGUCUUUUAUUUAGUGUAAACAUGAGGGAAAAUAGAAAUUAUAUGAGCGUAAAUACCAGGAAGCUUAUUUGGCAGUUUUGUUUUUUUUAAACACCAAUAUUUUUCAUUUGUAUAGCCUUCCAUAUUAUCUAUUUUGGUAUUUUCUUGACUUUUGAACUCAAGUACUCAGCGCAGCAUCGUUAUUAUUGUUAUAUUCUCUUACAUCUUAUUGUAGAUAUCAUCUGUUGUGUGCCUGAGUGAAUGUGCUUUGGUUCUCCCUUUCCAGCGGACAUACCUCUUUACCUUUUUCAACAGUCGAGCGUUUGCCGCUCUGAAUUCAAGAUAUUACAUUCUGUGUUCUGCGUUAAGAAUAAGUAUCAAGUGUAUCAAUCAGCAUGUCUUUGAAAUCAUGUACCAAAUUUCUUUAGUUGUUCCUCUCCCCUCCUCUCCCCUCUUCUCCUCUCCUCUCCUCUCCUCUCCUCUCCUCUCCUCUCCUCUCCUCUCCUCUCUUCCUCUUCCUCCUCCGCCGUCUGUUCGGUCGAGUCUGUGCCUUCUUUAUUUGUGUCCCACUUUGUUAAGGAUCUCUCAGGCCAGCCAUCCGAUUGGCCCCUCGGUCCUUCCUGCCGAGAAUGAAGCCAUAUUGAUCCAGAGUGGUAACACAGCUAAAUUGGUUGUAUUUUCCCCCGGACUGUAGCUGCAGAGUGAGGACAUUCAGACAUACUGACCUCCAUCUGCACUAGCACCUAAGGAUAAGAGUCGUACGCUGCUUUACAGCCUGGCAUCAGCCGAGGGGCUCUGGGUCUGCAAAGACAAUCUGAAUGUAUACUGUUUUUUUAGCACAUGCUUAUGCAAAUUGACGACAAUCAAUAAUUACACUGGGUUACGUUUGCAUUAAAAUCUGGUAGUCUUUGCUGCUUUUUACGUGUGUAUGUAUAUAUUCCUUCAUCUGCACUGUUGUCUGUGAGAUGUUGAGGUAUGUCCACUGCUUAUGUUUUGUUUUUUCUGUUGGAUUGUCCACAGCCUCCCUUAUGCUGAACAUAGAAUAGAUUUUUAAGAAAAAAAGUCAAUGUACUAAUUAAAACUAAAUCUUCCAUCACUGAAUAUGUUCUUUUUUUCUUUCUGCAGGCAAAGUUGUUUUGAAAUUGUGAGGCGCAGCAGAUAAAUAAAUGUCACGCAAGACAUUUUGAAAAAUUA